GAUUGAGAAAUUAUUAGUGUCUCCUUAACUGUUCACACCAUUCAAGUCGUAAAAGAACAUAAGCACGCGCAUCUGCGGAAAAAGUUGGUGGGGCCAGUGCAGCGUCGUUGGAUAGGAACAAUGAUUUUCAACAUAAAUGAAGAGGCGUGCAGUAGAUGCGCAGCCAUGAUCCAGAAACGUUUUGCGCUCUUUCUUGUCUGGUUUAUCGGCACCCUGGCCGUUCUGGCCUACAGCCCCUGGGUACAGCAGCUCCUCGCCUGGCCGGCAAUGGCCGUUGUGUCCGCCUAUGUGGCCACCUGGGGCGUCAAACUGGCGGUCACCAAGCUGCCCAAGAAAUACAUCAAGGGAAUUGAGUACACGGGCAUCUUUAUUACAGGUUGUGACUCCGGAUUCGGGCUGCAACUUGCGCUGCGUCUGAACGCAAUGGGGGUGGCAGUGUACGCCGGGGUGCUCAACGAAAACUCGGAGGGAGGAAAACAGUUGAAGGCCCUGAGCUGCCCGAAAUUGAAAGUGGUUCCGGUAGACGUAACCUGCGACGAAGACGUCCAGCGCGCUGUCAAGUUCAUCAACACUGACCUGGGCGAAAGGAAAUUGCAGGCCGUGGUGAAUAACGCCGGCGUGACUGCUGUCACAGAGGUCGAAUGGUGCCCCCUGGAGACGUACAGGCAGGUGCUGGAGGUCAACGCUUUGGGUCCUAUCCGCGUAACCCAAGCCUUCCUGCCCUUGUUGCGCAAGGGUACUGGAAGUAGGGUGGUUGUGGUUGCCUCCCUUGCAGGUCGUUACACGUUUCCUGGCUUCACCGCGUAUUCAAUGUCAAAGAGCGCGGCCGUGUCUUUUGCCGAUGGCCUCCGUCGCGAAAUGAAAAAAUGGUCUAUAACCGUGCACACCAUAGAGCCGACGCUCUACAAAACUCCACUGACAAAGCCGACGGUGAUUCAAGGCACCAUGCAGGAGCACUGGGACAGCAGCCCGGACAACGUCAAGAAAACGUACGGUGAAAAGUAUUUCGCUGAGUUCAAGGAGACCAUCUGCGGUCUUCUGAGCAUGGCCAGAGAGCCGCAGAGGAUUGCCGAGGUGAUCGACGACAUGGUGGACGCGGUGAUUGGAGACGAGCCCAAGAUGCGUUACGUGCCAAGUGUUGCCGCGGAAUUCCGCAGUCAAGUGAUCACGGCGAUGCCAAUGCAUUUGCAGGAUUUUGUGCUUGGCAUGACGCAACCCAGAACACCUCCAGCUGCAGUUUUGAACGACGUGAUGCGGAUGAAGAAACAAGACGCGCUGGGCAAGACCCUCACCCGUCUACGUUCGGUGCCACACUGGUUUUAUAAAGACAGGAGCAAUAUAUUCCAGUUCCCUGAAGCAGCCCCCGAGAAGAUAAUCAGGGACGAAAAGCAAGUUGCCAAAGAGGUGGAAGAAGAAAUUAUCACUGAUAUUAUAGAUAGUAAAACAAGCAAUGAGAAUGUGGUUUCCACAGAUGUUGUAGAAAAUAACGAAUAGCUUAAAUCUACAAAAAUCUGAAGGUAAAAUGUUCCAUCCCAACAGGUAUAUUUUUUCAAAUUGAGUGUUGUUCACAAGUAAAUCCCUUUGCUAUAUGCUUA